CUGAAAAUGGAAACACCACAUUCGAGACUUGAACUAAUUCAAUUUUUAUUUAUAUUUAAGCAAUUUUAUUUAUGAUGUCUACUGAAGAAAGACAAUUACCUGGGUGACAAAACCAAUUAACAAACAUAAUAUCUUCAAUCUCAGGUUAAAAUAAAUCAAUCACCAUGGCGAUGAUGGAUAAUAAAGAUUUUUUGAUCGCUCACUUGCGUAAUUCGUUUAUUACAAGUGAUGAUACAGGGAUGUGCGAACUAAUCUUGGAAGGGGACGAAGCGGAGCAUACCGAGGGAGAAGAAGAAUUUCGAAGAAAGAAAAGUGAAAUAGGAAUAAAAACUAAAGAUGAACCUCCUGGUGGAUCAGUCAUGUCAUCUAGUAGUACAGAUGGGAGUUUGUUUGAAUCCAGUUUAUGUAACAGUGGUCCGGAUUUAUCUGACUCUGAAUUAAAUCAUUCCUUUGACAUAUAUCUGGACAUGGACUACGGUGCUCACAGAAGAAGAUCUAACACGGCUCAACGUUUAGAUAGACUGAGAAAAGAUAAACGAAAUCAACCAAAAGCUAAAACCUUUACCUGGAAGAAUGGAGCUAUAUAUAAAGCUGAUGAGAAAGGUCAUCUAUUUGAGAGAAAGGACGUAGCAAGCCAGAAACCAGUCGUAAUAAACAAUGGUAAAAAACCUUCUCGUUUAUCCCAGAUGAUUGAAACUAUUGGUGACAAGAGAGAUAAUCCUUUCAUGGAUUAUGCACGAUAUGAUGGAAAGUCAAGUGCUGGGGUAGCUACCAAAAGAAUAGAUAUUUAUUUAACCAUGCUACCACCGAAAGAACGUUCAUACCCCAUGCCAGUGGUUGUCAUAGCAACAGCCAAGGUCUAUGAUUUGAUUGGCUUAAUUUGCUGGCAGUACACCAAUGAAAACCGUUCACCAAAACUCAAUCCCAAGUUUGAGAUUUAUUCUCUACAUAUAGCAGAAGAUGAUGGGGAGGUUGAUUCUGAUUUCCCGAGUCUGGAUAAUAGAGAACCAAUGUCUAAGUUUGGUUUUAGUAAAUUAGCAUUGGUUGAGAGAUCUCCCGCUAGUAUUACACCACGAUCUUUAGCUCUAGUUACAAUACAUAUCCCAAAUCGUGGUUUUAACAAGUUCCAGGUGGAUGACGAUAAUCUGCCGCUUCGUGAGAUGAUGGAAAAAGUUUUACGCCGAAGAAAGAUUAAAUUACGACCUGGUUUAAAAUACAACUUAGAAAAACUGAACGAUCCGGGUAUAUCGGUGGAUCUCGAUGCUACGUUAAUGUCUCUCGAUACGCUAGAGUUUGUUCUCAUCAGGGAAAACAGUGCCCGAGACGAUCAAGAUAAAUAUAAAAACAACAUAUCAUCAGAUGUCGCGGAAUCAUUGACGAGUCAUCAAUAUAAAUCAUACAUGGUUAAUCUAGUUCAUAAAAUACGAACUAAUACAGAAGUUUUACUAGGUGUAAGUGGUGAGAAAGUGGAGAUUGAUCCUAUUAGUAGUAAGGGGUCAACUAGAUUAUUUCGUCAACGAGCUUUCACAUUCGAUGCUGAUCAAAUUGCAGAUUGUCAUUUACUGGAACAAAAAUCAAACGGUAAAUCGGUGUUACGCCUAACUUACAUGUUAGAUGCCGAUUUCAAACAUCAUGACUUCGAAGCUGAACACAGCGUAUCGGCAGAAAUCGUACAAAAAAUCAAUCAUAUAUUAGAACUUCGUCUCAGUUCUGCGCGAAAAGACUUUGUCACUCAUCAAGAGAAACGAUUAUCAAUGAGACGUAAGGAUUCGUUUAGACACAGCUAGCAUUACGAGUUUUCUCAUCAAACAAUUGUUUUUAAAUGUGAAUAGAUAUGUUGUGAAGGUGGUAAAUGGAAGUCAAAAUCCAGUUUCUUUCAAUUUUUAUAACUCGACUUUCUUUUUGUUUGAAUGAUCGAUUGAUAGGUCGAUUGAUUGGUCGAUCGAUUGAUAGGGUUGGUGUCACAUGGACAUUAACUAAAAAUUGUUUUUAGUUAGAGAUAAGCCAAUAAUUGAUAACGACAUCGUUAUCUGCUCAACUGAGUAUUUACUAUUUAUACUGUAGCCAUUUUAAAAAGGCAAAAUGACUGACUGUUUUAUAUUGAUAGUCAAUAAUUAAUGACUGACUGUAGUCAAGUGGCAGACAAUAUUAAAUGAAUGACUGUGGUCAAGUGACUGUCAUUAUUAAAUUGGUCAAGCAAGUGACUGUCAAUAUUAAAUGACUGACUGUAGUCAAGUGACUGUCAAUAUUAAAUGACUGACUGUAGUCAAGUGACUGUCAACUAUGGUUAAGUGACUGUCAAUAUUAAACCACAGAUUAAACACUCUAAACAAUUAUUUUCUCUACAAUCAAGGUGUGUCUAUCUUUUAAUUUUUGUUUUGAGUAAUAAAAGAAAUGAUGUCACUACAGAGUAUAUACAGAGUAUAUAUUGUGAAAUAUUUUGCAUAAUGUUUAACUAUGCCUGAAUAAUCUAUGAAUGAUGCAUCAAUAUAUUUGUCUGAUAUGUGAAUAUUGGUUUUAUCUAAGGACAUAUAAUUUAAGUUAGAAAGGUUACAUCUGUAAAACAAAUCAACACAUCAGAUUUAAAUAAAUCAGCACUCGAAAACGUCUACGCAAAUUAAAGAGCAAUCAUAGAAAUCAACACUUUAAGUUUAAACGUCUGCGCAAAUUAAACAGAGACAUCCACGCAAAUUAAAGAGGUGAUAAAAUUUUAGGAAACAAUGAUGUUGCUAAAGAAUAACAAGAAUAUUUCACUGUUACCUUGGUAUCAUUUCAUUUUGUGUAUUUAGCCCCAAGUUCCUUCACAUUCAUUCAAUAUCUAAUCUUUCUUAUUAAAUAAAUGCGAAAAAAAUUAGGGCUAAAUAUGCAAGAUGAAUGGGAAUAAAGCGUAUUUCUCAAGGAAUCUAAUUUGAUAAUAACAGAUUCGAACAGAUUCGGAAUUUAAUCUGUAAACAAAUAAUCAGAAAUGGUAACGGUUACCAAGGGUUACCAGAUAUUUGGUUUGUUGUUUUAUAUAAUUAGUUAAUUAUGAUAUGUGUACAGUUGAUGUUCUGUUGAAUUUAGAGGGAGUUGGGUGACCGAAUGAUUAACGCUUGAGGGCUGUCAGUGAGUUAAUGUGGCGUGGUUUUGAUUCCCCGCUUGUACGUGACGAGGAGUAGGGUCACCUGUCCAACCUCACAGGUUUUCUCCAGCUCCUCAAUUUUCCUCCCAUUGCUAAAGACCCCCAAGCGCAAGAGAAUAAUUGAAUUAAAAUUGAACAUUAUAUUAGUCCCGAAAUGACCUAGUUUGUGUCGAUUGUUAUUAACUCCCCCACCCUCUCUCUCUCUCUCUCUGUUGAAUUUAGUGAAUUAGAUAUGCAAUAGCGUUAAAUAAAACAUCAGUGUAACAAGCCGGAUACUGGCUCAUGUUUAAAUCUGUACAACAGUUUAGGCAAUAAACCAAUCAAAUUUAUCUCAUAUAGCUUAAUGGAGCUAAAUUGCUAAUAUUUGGGACCUAGAAAUUGACACAAAUGGGUCGCAACGCAUAUAAUAAUGUAAUCUGAUUGUAUAUAAACUGAUUUACAUUCAGUUGUUUCCGUUUUGACUCUAAUUUCAAAUCAGUUAGGUCCAGCAAAAUACGGCAUGAGUCUCGAAUAGAAAUUUCUAGCGUCUGGUUAUUCCAGUCAAUUGCGCAUGCUCUCCAGAUAAGUUAUGGCAUCGCCGUAUGACAUGACUCAUGAAUUGUGGAAUAUGUCUAGCCUUGCUCUUUCUGGUCACUUGUUACAAAUGACAAUGAAACGCACUAUGGUACACGAUAUUUAUUUUGUCUUAAUUAUUGGAUAUCAGAAUCCUACUUUUACCCGGUAAGAUAAAAACAUCAAUGUUGAUUUGAAUUGACAAAUAAUUCGUGUUUUCAACUUGUAAGACUUUGGAUGAUAUUGAGUUAGAGACUUAGCUACUUUAAGUAAAUAAUAGUAUUAAAUUAAAUAAGACUAGAUUAUUAUAAGUAAAUGAUAGGCCAGGUAAAUGAUAGGUCAGGUAAAUGAUAGGUCAGGUUCAGGUAAAUGAUAGGUCAGGUAAUUGAUACGUCAGGUAAAUAUCUAUCCGGUAAAUGAUAGGUCAGGUAAAUGACAGGUCAGGUAAAUAAUAGGUCAGGUAAAUGAUAAGUUAAGUAAAUAAUAGGUCAGGUAAAUAAUAGGUCAGGUAAAUGAUAGGUCAGGUAAAUAAUAGGUCAGGUAAAUAAUAGGUCAGGUAAAUAGGUCAGGUAAAUAAUAGGUCAGGUAAAUAGGUCAGGUAAAUAAUAGGUCAGGUAAAUGAUAGGUCAGGUAAAUAAGUUAACUAAUUGAUAAGUGAAGUAAAUGAUAAGUUAGGUCAGGUAAACGAUAAGUUAACUAAAUGAUAGUUUAAGUAAGGAUAUAUAUAGUAAGGAUAGGAUGGGUAAGGAUAUGUUUAGUAAAUGAUAGUUUAAAUACAGAUAUUCUUAGUAAGGAUAGGUUGGGUAAGUAUAGAAUGGACAAAGAUAGGUUCAGCAAAUGAUAGAUUGAGUAAGGAUAGGUUGGGUAAGGAUUUAAGUAAGGACAGAUUAAUAUGGAUAGGCCCAGUUAGAAUAGAUUCAUAAUCAGACAAUUGUACAACCAAUAAAUGUCCGACAACUGCCAUGGCAACAAGUUAAAUGGCUGAUGUGCCAUGGCAAGAGGUUAAAUGUUUUCCAAGCUCAUGACAUAACUGUGGGAGAUCGAUGAAGAGAAUAUUUGAUUAUAUUGCUUCGCUUCCAGCCGAAAUCAAACUUCCAAUAAAUUACUUUAAAUAGUCAUUUGUUAAAGUUAUAAAAGAAUUAGUUUCAUGACAUAAUUAAUUGUUGUGUUGAAGAAGUCCUGUAAGAGGGAGCCACUGUAGAACGUAUCAAAUACGACUCAGGGCUAAAUCUAUUUGUUAAGGCCAGUCCAAUUUUUGUCACAGUCGCUGAGAUGUAAAUAAGGUUAGGGCACGUGAUUGUUGGCGAGAUUGUAGGUUAGGUUUAAGAAUUUGGGGGAGAGGUUAAGUCUCCACAUAAGCACUGACCUAGGAUGAUGAAUUUCCUAGCAUAGAGGCUAGGUCCAGGGUUAGGGUUAGGAUUAGCACUAGCCCUGUUUGCAGCUCGUGACCCCUGACGAAACAAUUGAGCUGGCCUUAUCAUUUAGGACUAACCUACGACCCAGGUUCUAAUUUCAUCAUGGGUGAAGAAAUAUAAUAUAUAUAUACAUAUAUUUUUAUUAUUUCUAUGAUAUAUUUGUUAUGGUAUAUUUUGUUAUUGUAAAAUAAUGUUUUAUUAUAAAAAAUAAACAAAUUAUUAUAAA